AUGGAGACCCAAGUUUCUCAACUGGUUGAAGAAGCGGUGAAGAAGAGCCAUGAGCAGUUCAUGAACCGCCUCGACGCGACGAGUGGCUGGCGACGCUCGAGAACCGGCUUUGUGUCGAUGAGUUCGAGUCGAUGCAUGCUGAGCAUCAGCAUCACCACCAUCAUCAUCCACAUGAUCAUCAUCACCAUCACCAUCACCGUCAUCACGGCGACGGGCAUGGACGUCAUGCACCUGGGCGCCGAUGGCGAGGCAUCUCAGUCUCUAGCCUUGCACGAGUCGGAGGCCGAGAAGUUGGAGGUCGAGGGCGAUCCCUGCGAGAAGUCCCGAGAGGCGAGUAGCAACGACGACAGCCUGACCGAGGACGUUUCGGAGCAGGCCAAGCCCAACCGCGAGCGCUCCGAGUCGAGCUACGACCUCGCCAAGAAGGAGGGCUCAAGACUCGAAGUAUACAAGAAGCUGUAUACGGAGAGCAUGUCGCCAGAUGCGCACAGCGCUUGGGUACAACGGCUUUGUCCAGGCUUCGACCGUUUCCAACACAAGGUUGUACGUAUGCUGAAGUCGCCACGCUUCGAGAUGUUUUUCGCGAUGGUACUUGUUUCCAAUGCGCUGUACAUCGGAGCACAGAUUCAGUGGAUGUCUGCGCAUCCAGCGAACCUGAUCGAUCCGGGCUUCACCGUCGUCCAUACUUUGUACGCCGUCAUCUUCACCUUUGAAGUCGUCCUGAAUUUGUUGGGCUUCGGCUUCAAAAAAUUCCUUUGCUCCAGCGGCUGGGCAUGGGGAUGGUUGGAUGUCCUGGUCGUCGUCUCCGCAUGGAUUGAGCUUUACCUGGACCUGCAAGCGAUGAUGAGUUCGCCUUCCUCGAACACCAGUGUACGGAUCGUAAGGGUCUUCAAGUUCACGCGGAUUCUUCAGGGCCUCCGUUCUCUGCGCAUCGUGCGCUAUGUGAGCGGCCUCCGGAUCCUGGUGUAUUCCAUGUACGACGCCACCAAGUCUUUGCUGUGGGCUCUCAUUCUGCUUGCAUUGAUCAUCUACGUCUUCGGCCUGCUCUUCUCUAGCGCAGCCUUGGACCAUGUAGUCGCCUCUGACGGCGUGGUGGAUGCGAAGUUGGACAUGUAUUUUGGGUCUGUGGAUGCUGCUGUAACAACGCUCUACCGGUCCAUCUUAGGUGGACUCGAUUGGGGGGAGGCCGCAGGCCCGUUAGGCACUGCCGGCGUGGUGUGGGUGCAAGUCUUCCAAUUCUAUAUUGGCUUUGUGAGCUUUGCCAUUCUCAACGUCAUGACCGGUGUUUUCUGCAACUCCGCGAUACGUGCGGCAGAGCAUGACCACACAAUUAUGAUGCAAAACAGAAAUCAGUUUCGAGACAUGGCCGCGGAUCUUUUCAAGAAGAUGGAUAGCAGCGGCUUUGGCCAAAUCACCAUUAACGAGUUUGAAAGCCUGUACGAUGAUGAGGACAUGAAGGCUUUCCUAGAUUCCAUAGAGAUCAGUGCAAGCGAUGCAUGGACGCUCUUUGCCAGCUUGGACCAAGAUGGGAAUGGCCUGAUUGGCAUCAACGAGUUCACUGAAGGUUGCUUGAAGUUGCACGGCCCGGCAAGGUCCGUGGACCUCUACGCCCUCAGGCAGCAGCAUGUGAAAUUUCGCGAACAGAUACAAACGAUCGCGCAGAACCAGCAUAAGAUCAUGGAGCAGAUCCAUAGGCCGCUCCUACGCCGAUUCUCCCCGCCAAUUUUUGAAGUAUGA